AUGGCACUUCCUUCAGCACCAGUCGUCACAUUGGCAGCAAAUGCCUCGAUACAGCCGCCCCUCUCGCGACGUGGCCACGGUCCAGGUGUGAUUGUCAUUGAUGCCGGUCUCCCCGACUCUUCGGUAGCAAAGAGUCUCGACCCAAAGCCUCAAAAGAAGUGGGCAGAGGAGGGCUACGCGGUCGCGCGGGCCACAUUCUCACAAUCGAGCGCCGGUGAUGGAGCUUGGGAAGCCGAGUCUGUGCUGGAGAAGGCUGUAGAUGCUCUGGUGAAAUUAGAUACCUGCGACACCAAGGACAAGUUUGCACUUGUUGUAUAUGGCACACCUUCAGACUACCCCGCUGGUUUCUCAGACAAGCUGAGAGCUGCAUAUAAAUCUGCUGCCAGCAUUGUGGCGGCAGUAACAUUUUCAUCAGAGUGGGAUCUGUCAGUAAAGCCAGAAUUGGUGCACAUUGCAGGCAAGCCAGGAUCACCAGUGACCAGAUCCAACACAUCGACGUACGACUACCCCCAGGUUGAAUCCGAAAAGUUCAUCGUGCCGGGCGCCGAGGGCUUCAACUACUCGGCGGCGUCCGUGGCGCACACCCGAGGCCUGACCUUUAUCAAGAAGCACCUCGGGGGCCCCAACUUUGACCUGGAGAAGAUUUGGGACGAGCACACGUACUAUGAGUUUGACGACCGCUCCGUCGAAAAGACCAUGGCCACCAUGGUCGACGAGCCCUACGUCAACCACAUCCCCACCAUGACGGGUGGCGUGGGACGCGAGAGGCUGACCACCUUUUACCGCCACCACUUUAUCUUUAGCAACCCCGAAGACACAGCGUUGGAGCUGGUGAGCCGGACGAUUGGCGUGGACCGCAUCGUGGACGAGUUUGUCUUUACGCUCACGCACAAUGCCAAGGUUGACUGGCUACUCCCCGGUGUGCCACCAACGGGCAAGCGCCUCAGGCUCCCCUUUACCUCCAUUGUCAACAUUCGCGGCGACCGCCUCUACCACGAGCACAUUGCGUGGGACCAGUGCACGGCCCUGAUCCAGGCCGGCCUGAUGCCAGAGUACCUCACCUUUCCCUACCAGGUCGACGGCAAGUCGCCCGAGCCCGGCAAGAAGUUUGAGUACCGCGUGCCGGCUGCCGGGUUCGACGUGCCCGACAAGCUGCAGGACCACGGAGCUGCGGAGAGCAACGGCAUGUUUUCGUUCGAGGUUAGGCAGGUUGAUGCUUAG